AUGCGUUCUUCUCACUCUCCGCUCAUCUCAGCAUAUAGGGCAUUUGGCCAGGCUGUUCGGCAUGCGCAGGCGCUUGGGCUUGAUAGAGACGCCCAGGGGUCUAACUACUUGGAUACUGAGCUGCGCCGACGUAUAUGGUGGGAUUUAUGGGUCACUGACACUUUCCAGUCCAUGUGCUUGGAUCGAACGCCUCUUAUUCAUACACCUGCUGAGCGCGUACCACUGCCACAAAACUGUAAUGACAUUGAUGUGACAGAGGUGUCAGUGACAGCGCAGCCGAUGGAGGUGCCGACAGACACGAGCGCCUGUAUCUGCCGGGCUCAGGCCUACCGCAUAUUUCGCAAGCUAUAUCAAGACGGCAGCACCCAUUUAUCGUCGUACGAGUACAUCCGGUCAAUUGAUCGAGAGAUCCAGGAGCUCACAGCACAAUUCCCUUGGUACUUUCGAAUUGGCAGCACAGAAGCCCUACGGCAUCUUCCAAGUCUGGACGACGUUGCCUGGUGUCAUGCAAUGCUACAUAUCAGCAUCUGCCAGCAGCGGAUCCGCAUGAAUAGACCGUUUCUGCACGCGCGCGUCGGGGAAUCAUGGAGCGUCUGCGCCAGAGCUGCGCAGGAGAUGCUACUGCCGUACAGACAGAUGCGCGAGUCAGAUGUGAACAGGUUCCGUCAGUCCCAAAAGUUUGCUGUCCAGGGGUACCAAGCGUACACGGCCGCGGUGACGCUCGCUGCAUUCUUGCUAGUGGAGAGAUCUUUUCCGGGCUUCUCGUCCGAGUCAAUGAGACAGGAUAUCGAGAUGGUGAUUUCGGAUCUGGAGCUGCAUGAUAUCGGGCCCAUGGUCUCGGAUGGGAUCAAGAUCUUACGCAAGAUGCUGGACAUGUUUGAACGCCGCGAUGCGGGUGAUCCGCAGAUGCGCGAGUCACUUGUGCAAGAGAUCGCUUCGGUGUUUGGUGGCGAGCAGCCCACGCGCCGGUACUUACGGCAGUGCGAUAUUGGCUAUGUUUUGAACAGUCAAACCACUCACGGUCACCAACUGGACGGACAUGUACCAACUGAGCCGGGUUUCCCAGAGUCGGUGCAGGAUCCUGGGACUAACACAGCCUACCACCAGACGGACGCGAUGCUGGAUGAUUUUAAUCUCGCCCUGGACAUGUUGGAAUAUGAUCAAUGGUGGGACUUUCUUCUUCCAGAGGGCGGUUUCCCGGCCCAAUGA